AUGGAGCCGGAUGACACCGAUCAAGCUAAUGACGGCUCAAACAGGGAUCCUUCCACAAGUGUUCAAAUAGGAAAUGUUCAAAUAAGCACUCCAACUCUGCCAUUCUCAAUUGAAAACCUUCUGAAAAAUGAGCAAUCCCAAUACAUCAACAUCGCAAACGAUUUCCCAUCAUCCCCCCUAGAAGAACAACUUGCACAAAGUGGAUUAUCUGUACGAGACUUGAAUUAUCUAUUCCAAGCCUAUCGGACCGGCCAGCAAUAUACAAGUCAUGCAGCUAGGAUGAUUGAGGCUCGAGUCGGACAGUUUGUAACUACCCAAUUUUUGAAAUUGGGUAUAAUUAGAAUGGGUCAAGAUGCUUCGGAGGAUGAGGAGUCAGAUGAAGAAGCAAUGGCUGACAGUGAGGCCGAGGUUGAAGAGGAUAUUCACGAUUCACCCCAAGGAUUGCCGGAUAUUGUGGACCCAUAUGAAAAUGAUAAUGACGAGAAUAGAGACCCCAACCAGGUGGAUGAUUACGAGUCGGAGUACGAGCCAGAUUGGGACAGCGAUGAGGAGGAGGAGAGGGAGGAGGGGGAGAUUGAGAUAGUACCUCCAAGAAACCCAGAGAUCACACUUCCGGUAUACAUUCUGAACCUCUUAGGAGGAUCUAUGGAACAAGCCACUGCUGUACAUGAUCAGCGAACAAAUCAAGCUGGCACAUCCCACUCUCUUGAAUUGAUGGCUGCAAUUGCUAAUGACUGUCCAGACAACGACGAAACGUUAAGAAGAAUGCGAGAAUCAUUUGAGAGACCACCAGAAUUCGCGUUGAGGAAUCCGACACUACCCAUACCUGUUUAUGAGCCGAUUCUAACUAAUGGUCAAGUAGCAGGACACCGAGGUCCAGAAAGAAAUGAGCUCAUGUUGGGACCUCCUCAAUACCUUAUUUCUGCAGACGCUUCCUUUACGUUUGUGCCAGUGAGAUCCGACAUUGUCUUCCUUAUCGCUUUGUCUAUCAUUGAAAGUUUGAAAAAAAGCCGGGAAUCGUCAGCAAAAGAAAUCAAAGCACUUUUGACACUAUUUGAAUGGUACUCGUUCCAAUGGCAAAGAGCCCGUCAUGCUGAGAAAAUGAUCGAUCGGGGUACGAUCGAUAGACUUAUUGAUGGAGAUAUCUGUUGUUCUAGAUAUUUUUGGAGAGAGUCCAUGAAGGAAAUGUAUCAAAGACAACCAUGGGCCAGUGCUCACCAACGUACACAAUUCUUGUUAGCUGCGUUAUGUUUUGAUAAACCUGUCGAGUGUAAGACAUCUCAAGAAGCCUGGAACAUCUACUGUAGGAAACACGAGGAAGCUACAAAGCUAAAAUGCUCAGAGCCAGAAGGCCCAAAAUUAUUCUUUACUGUUACGCAGGUGUUUCAUAACUUGUUGCAAUACCUAAAACUGCUGGUCCAGGAAAAAAACGCGCGUGGCGAAAUGGUGAAUUAUGAACUUCUUCGGGAUCAAACUAUAGCCGAUUUGGACAAGAUCGAUGAUAUCCGUAAUCGAUUUGGAAUUCCAAUAUGGGUUCGAAACGAGGUCUUUCCCACAAGCUCGGCUCUACAUGCAGCAGCUGAAACAAUGGAACAUUCUGGAAAUUUCUGA